CUGAAAAGUGCGAUUUGUUCUUUUACCUCAAACUUGGAAGCUAUUCAGCGGGAGCAACGGUACGUGAGACCACACAGUUGGCUGGAGCCCCUCUAUGACCAAAGGACAGAAGGACAAACAAGAUGUAUUGUGAGAGGUUUAUAUGUAUCCUGAGAAUACUUGGAACCACACUCUUCGGGGUGUCCCUCCUGCUGGGAAUCACCGCUGCUUACAUUGUGGGCUACCAGUUCAUCCAAACAGACAACUACUACUUCUCCUUUGGACUCUAUGGUGCUAUCCUGGCAUCACAUCUCAUCAUCCAAAGCCUGUUUGCCUACCUAGAGCACAGGAAAAUGAGACGGUCGCUAGAGACUCCAAUCAAACUGAACAAAACAGUUGCCCUUUGUAUUGCUGCCUAUCAAGAAGAUCCUGACUACUUAAGAAAAUGUUUACUUUCUGUAAAAAGAUUGACCUACCCUGGAAUUAAAGUUGUUAUGGUCAUUGAUGGGAACUCAGAAGAUGACGUUUACAUGAUGGACAUUUUCACUGAAAUCAUGGGUAGGGACAGUUGUGCCACUUAUAUCUGGAGUAAUAACUUCCAUGACAAAGGUCCGGGUGAGACAGAGGAGUCCCACAGAGAGAGCAUGCAACACGUAUCUCAGCUGGUCCUGUCCAACAAAAGUGUUUGCAUCAUGCAGAAAUGGGGUGGAAAAAGAGAAGUAAUGUACACAGCAUUCAAAGCACUGGGGAGAAGUGUGGAUUAUGUACAGGUCUGUGAUUCAGAUACAAUGCUUGAUCCAGCCUCAUCAGUGGAGAUGGUAAAAGUUUUAGAAGAAGAUCCAAUGGUGGGAGGAGUUGGAGGUGAUGUGCAGAUUUUGAACAAAUAUGAUUCCUGGAUCUCCUUUCUGAGCAGUGUGAGAUACUGGAUGGCAUUUAACAUCGAAAGAGCCUGUCAAUCCUACUUUGGCUGUGUACAGUGCAUCAGUGGACCUCUGGGAAUGUACAGAAACUCUUUACUCCAUGAAUUUGUGGAAGAUUGGUACAAUCAAGAGUUUAUGGGCUCCCAGUGCAGCUUCGGAGAUGACAGGCAUCUAACUAACAGAGUGCUAAGUCUGGGCUAUGCAACAAAAUACACAGCUAGAUCCAAGUGCCUUACGGAAACACCGAUAGAGUAUCUCAGGUGGCUGAAUCAGCAGACCCGCUGGAGUAAAUCCUACUUUAGAGAGUGGCUUUAUAAUGCCAUGUGGUUCCACAAGCACCAUUUGUGGAUGACCUACGAAGCAGUAAUCACUGGAUUCUUUCCUUUCUUCCUUAUUGCCACGGUCAUUCAGCUCUUCUACAGGGGAAAAAUCUGGAACAUUCUCCUCUUCCUGUUGACAGUUCAGUUAGUUGGCCUGAUAAAGUCUUCCUUUGCCAGCUUCCUUAGAGGCAACAUUGUCAUGGUUUUCAUGUCACUCUACUCAGUGUUGUACAUGUCAAGUUUACUGCCAGCAAAGAUGUUUGCAAUUGCCACGAUAAACAAAGCAGGGUGGGGCACGUCAGGAAGGAAAACCAUUGUAGUUAAUUUUAUAGGACUCAUUCCAGUCUCCAUUUGGUUUACAAUCCUCCUAGGUGGCGUAAUUUUCACUAUUUACAAGGAAUCAAAAAAGCCAUUUUCUGAGUCAAAACAGACAGUUCUCAUCAUUGGCACAAUACUCUAUGCAUGUUACUGGGUUUUGCUUUUGACUUUGUACAUGGUUCUAAUCAACAAAUGUGGCAGGCGGAAGAAAGAGCAACAACACUACGACAUGGUGCUAGACGUAUGAUGUUUCCGUGGGAAGUUACCCAGAGUUGUAAAGCGACCCAACGACCUUGUAGUAUCUGUGGCAUCAGACAUAUGUUGCCAAGGGAAAUGGAUCACUGCUGCUGGGAAUAGGACACUUAUAUUCCUCUGGGUUCAUUUUCAUCCUGCCAAAGUAAGGAAAAGAAAAAGAAAAAAAAAGGAAAAAAAAAAAGAUUUUUUUCAUUUUCAAGGGGGGAAGGCCGCAAACCACACAGUUACGACCUGUUCACAAGAAAAGGGGAGAACUUCUGUGUUUAUGCACUUUUUUCUAAUGUGCAUAUGCCUGACAGUGUUACGUUCUAUAUACCUCACUGGUCAUGCUUAUGUGUGUGGACAAAAAGAAAGGGAGUUUGGAGAAUCAAGAAAAGGACUGUACAACCCCUUGCAACCUAAUUUAUAAACUUCUCUUUUUUAUAGUUCUGUUUAUAGGAAGGGUCUUUUGUUUUAGGCUGCCAAAUGUAAUGCCAAAGGUAAAUUUUAAGAGGCCGUUGGCUGAGCUGUAUUUUUAUAUUAUUGUAUUAUUUGUGUGUGUGUAUUUUUAAGCCAACUUUUUUUUAAAUCACAUAUUUUAUAUUUUACUAUCUGCCAAAAAAAGCUGCCUCCCCAACAUUUUGUUCUUUAGCCUUUUGAAAUAUAUUUGGGGACAAAAAAAAAUACAUUCUCCCCCCAAAUUUCUGCUGAAAUGAUAUUGUUCAAACAGAAAGAAUAAAAAGUCUCUCUGCAUUUUUGCAACUAAUGAAUGGUUAUUUCUGUGAAAAAGCAUUUAAAUGUGCUCUUUUAAGACAUUUGUUAGGAAAGGCCCAAAAUGUUCAGUUUUGCAUACAAACAAAGUUGUGCAUAAAAAAAGGCCAAAGGGGUAGAUACGUGCAAUUUGGGGUUUUUGUUUUGAUAACAUUGUACAAGGGAAAUCUACUUCUCUGCUGAGAACCUAAUAUCCCUGGCAUGCACAAUAAAUCAUAAAGCAAGGCAGGCCUCCACACCACUGGAAAAGACAUUGUUAUGGAAAGCAUCCCAUUGAUUUUAUAUGGGACCUAAGCAGUCAAAAACUUCUGACUUGGAAAAUCUUGGGCACAUGAAAUUGAUAUUGAAUUCACUGAUGGUCCUAGUUGUUCAUAAUCUGCUAGUACCAAGCAAAUAGUUCAGGUUUCUAUUAAAAU